AUGGAGAAAGAGAGGCAUCGUCGGAAAGUUUCAACAGGCCAAAUAGGGUUAAAAAGAACUACUGCCGCAGUGUUAACUACUUUAAAAUGUGAACCAAGGCCGAAUGAUUUUCUGUCCGUUGACCAUUUUAGCGCUCAGGAUAAUGGUGUUAUCGGAAAGAAUAUUAACGAGCACAAAGCUAGAGACAGAUCGAAAGUGGACCAUAAAGAAGAUGUAGUCGCUAACAGUUCUGAAGAUUUAAAAGAUGGGACAGUCGCCAAAAGAUCGAUCCAAGCACGGUCUUUACCACGAACCCUCUUCGUCAAAAGAUCAGAUCAGAGUCCCUGCUAUGAUAUUGGAGUGAGCGUCACAAGGCAUCGUUUGCCUCAGGAAAUCAACACAACAAAGCAGAGCCAAUUUAUAAACAAUUCAGCAUCGAUCUCUGGAAGGCGAAUGUCCUCUCCAGGAAUAAUUAUAGGCAGCUCUGCCAAUGAACAAAUAUCUGGUUCAAAAAGAAUUGUGACAGCACUCGAACGACAAACAAAACAAGUUAUCACGCAAACGAAAUACCCCUCGGAAACCGGAAAAGAAUCAAGCGAUUCAUUGCCGAAAAUUACCAAAUCCCUCGAAACUUUGACGACGGAAGAUCACAUGAAGAGAAGCAGAUCUUUAGACGAGGGAAGGAAGAUUGUAAUAAAGACCAGCAAAUGGUCUCCACAAAGUGUAAGCUCUGACAAGUCCACGGAUCGUACUCAAGGGCUUCUUGAAGCUAAGAUUAUUCCGGAAAGACGAGCGACCACACCGAAAACACCGACCUUGGAAAGGGGCGAUGAUGAUCGGUACGAAAUGGAAAAUUAUGAUAAGAUCGUUCAGCCCACUCGAUUUGAAAACAAGGAAACCAAGACAACUUUUCCAGCCCCAAUAGAUCUGGUCGGUGAUUAUUCAUCGUGGAAAGCUAAAGAAGACAGGGAGAGCAAGGGAGGAAGUGAAAGUGUUGAUCUUGUUAAAUCUCAGAUUGGCUUGGUGGAGAAGCCCAACGACGUCGCUUGCGAGGGAAAGAAACGGCAUUCUCAGGGGCGCUCGCCGCGGCGUAAAAUAACAUUUAACAGUAAGGUGAAAGUCGACCACAGACCUAGGAGUAGGAUUCCUCCUCAGAAACACGACUCAACCGCUGUUGACGCACUGUUUACGGUUUCAAACCCUGAGGACGAGUUAAUCGACCUUAAAGUCAAAGCCUUUUUACGGAAACACCAGCCAAAGGCCAGUCAUGGAUCUUUGAAAGUUAAAGCCUCAAAGCACAAGAGACCUCUCCAUCCAGCGAAUAAAUUACGAGAAAGAAGAAGCUAUGAAAGAAUUGUUGUUAACACGGAUACGUGUCCAAGUUCAAACAUAGUGACUCAGGACAGAUCGUGGUAUUAUCAAGACCGAACAGGCAAGUGUCGGUAUCUGAGAGUCCCUGAGUCACCAGUACCACCUGUAGAAUGGGUGUUCAAACGAACCCCGUCUCCAUAAGAUAGCCCACAAUGCCGACAGAACUUUAAUAUACGAAAUUUAUAGGGGUUUCUGAUACAGGUCCCGACGGUAAUGGUAACCAAAGCCUAGCUCCCAAAAUGAAAAAGGGUCGAUGCGAUCUUUAAGUUUCAACCCAGUAACAGGGCUGGACGUAAGUGUUUGUGUGUGAAAAGUUCCAGUCUGUAUAUCGAGAUCUCUGUAACCGGCAAAGUCCGUUUCUCAUUUCACAAUGAACACAUCUCAAGAUUGAGGGGGAAGUUGGGAUGAAUUCUGCUACAGAAAAUAGAAAGUAGCGUUGCAUCUUUCGAACGGUUAUCGCGAUAUAGGUGUGUUUCAUUUUUGUUUUUAGAGUUAUUGAUAAACGGCUUCCAACACAAGUCAUAAUAUUACAAUAACGUUUCUUCUCAAGUUACAUAAGUUAUUUAACCUUUGUACGAAAUCAAUUAGCCGGCGAUUGUUUACAACUGUGAUAGCAAAAAAAAAA